GAGAAGUUCGAGCUAAGGAAGAAAAUGGAGAUAAUUAGGAGAUGUUUCACAUUGUUCAUACUUGUCAUAAUUCUGCAGGUUGGAGAGGGAAAAUUAUCUCAAGCCUUCUACAACUCCACUUGUCCGAAUGUGGAAUCUAUUGUAAGAAAGGUUGUAGAGGAAAAGUUUAGCCAAACCUUCGUCACCGUCCCCGCCACCGCCACCCUACGACUGUUUUUCCAUGACUGCUUUGUCGAAGGUUGUGAUGCAUCGAUCAUGAUCGCAUCGCCAAAUGGGGAUGCAGAGAAGGAUGCUCCAGACAAUCUGUCCCUAGCAGGAGAUGGAUUCGAUACCGUAAUAAAGGCCAAGAAAGCAGUGGAAGCUAAAUGUCCUAAAGUAGUCUCUUGUGCAGACAUAUUGGCCAUUGCCUCUAGAGAUGUUAUAGUCCUGGCUGGAGGUCCUUCAUUCGAAGUAGAAUUGGGACGUCGUGAUGGAUUUGUAUCGAAAGCAUCAAGGGUAGCCGGACAGCUACCGGGGCCUAAUUUCAAUCUCAAUCAACUCAACUCCAUGUUUGCCCAACACAACCUUACACAAACUGAUAUGAUUGCACUCUCAGGUGCUCAUAUUGUAGGCUUCUCCCACUGCAGUCGCUUCGCAAACCGCUUGUAUUCGUUUUCACCAUCUUCUCCCGUGGAUCCCGACCUCGAUCCUACAUACGUGAAACAAUUAAAGCAAGCGUGUCCUCAGAAUGUAGACCCCAGUAUCGCCAUCAACAUGGAUCCUGUAACCCCACGAACUUUUGACAAUAAGUACUUCAAGAAUCUGGUUGCUAAGAAGGGGUUGUUUACAUCAGACAAGGUGCUGUACACUAAUCGAGCAUCUAGACCAACAGUGGUUCCAUUUUCGAAGAAACAAAAUGUGUUUAAAGAAGCCUUCAUUACAGCAAUGAGGAAGCUCGGAAGGGUGGGAGUUAAGACUGGUAAACACGGAGAGAUAAAGGUAGACUGCACAGCCUUUAACUAAGGAGCUU